AUGUCCUACAACUGCUGCUCUGGAAACUUCUCCUCCCGCUCGUUCGGCGGUUACCUGCGCCACCCCGGGUCCUCCUUCGGCUCUUCCUGCCCCAGCAACGUCUUCUUCAGCACGGACCUUCAGUCUCCUAACAGCUGUCAGCUGGGUUCCUCUCUUCAAGGCAGCUGUCAGGAGGCCUACUGCGAUCCCAACAGCUACGAGGAGUCCUACGUGGCGUCCAGCCCUUGCAGUUCAUCCUACUACCGCCCCAGGACGGUGUUCUACAGUCCCUCCCAAGCGACUUACGCUGCGCAUCUGGGCUGUGGGUCUAGGGGCUUUCAUUCUUUCGGUUGUGGCUCCCUGUUCUCGGGCUUUGGAUCCAAUGGUUUUAACUCAUUGGGUUGUGGGCCCCGCACUUGCUCAUCUCUAAAUUACAGAUCCAACUUUUACCGUCCAACCUUCUUUUCUUCUAGAAGCUGCCAAUCUUUUUCUCACCAACCAGCUUGUGGAUCUAGCUUCUAUUGA